AGUUGCACUAAAAUAAGAAAGACAACUUUCUCUCUAUUCUGUUGAACAUUCCACUUUAUUUUAAAUUUCAAACCAUAAUUUAAGGACCAAAAAGUUCUUUCUCUCUUUCACUUUCUCUUUCUCUUCGUCUUCUUCCAUUCAUUCCCAAACAAGUAGUAGUAGGUGAAGAAGAUCAGAAGAAGAGUAGCGGCAACUGAUCUUUCUCUGGGUCUGAUAUGGCCGGAACAUCAUGGCUGGUCGACAGCAGAAGAAUUGCAACGAAAAUCAUGAGUGCUUCAGAAAAGUGUGACCCCAGAACUGUUCAAUGGAGGAGCGAUCCAACGAGAGCUUGUCCAAAUUGUGACCAUGUCAUUGACAAUAGUGAUGUCAUUCAAGCGUGGCCAGGCUUACCCAGAGGUGUGAAAUUUGAUCCAUCUGAUCAAGAGAUUAUCUGGCAUUUACUUGCAAAAGUUGGUCACAAUAAUAUGAAACCCCAUCCGUUUAUUGAUGAGUUUAUUCCUACUGUUGUUGAAGAUGACGGAAUCUGUUAUACUCACCCACAGAAUCUGCCAGGUGUUAAACAGGAUGGAAAUGUGGUACAUUUCUUUCACAGAGCCAUCAAGGCUUAUAAUACUGGAACUCGAAAGCGUAGAAAGAUACAUGGAGAUGACCAGGGCGAUGUUCGCUGGCAUAAGACUGGCAGAACUAAACCUGUGAUUUUGGAUGGGGUACAAAGAGGGUGCAAAAAAAUUAUGGUUCUGUAUAUUAGCAUGGCUAGGGGUAAAAAGCCUGAGAAAACUAAUUGGGUGAUGCAUCAGUAUCACCUUGGCACUGCUGAAGAGGAGAAGGAUGGAGAAUUUGUUGUUUCUAAAGUGUUUUAUCAGCAACAGCUAAAACCAGGUGACAAGGUUGAACAGGAUUUACCUCUUGAGGAAACUGAUUCAAUUACAGCAAAAGUUGACCCAGUAACUCCCAAAUCUGUGAUUCCUGAACCACCUCGUGCAGGAAAACAACACUCUGACGUCAACCCAAGACAAGAACUUAGUUUCAUGGAAACUUCUGAAGAGAAUCUUGAGACAGCAGAACUGGGUGAUGACGUGCUGGCUGAAUGGGGAGAGCUCAACGAUCAUUGUCACCUGAAAGGAGAAGACAAUGGUUGCCAGGCAGUGGAAGAUGAUAACCAUCAAACAGAAGAAAAUGAUAAUCAGACUGGAGUAGAUGAUGAUAACCACACCAAUACGAAUUUGUGGGAUGGGGACUCACAACUUCCAUUUGAUGCUCAGCAAAUGGUAUUCGAUUCUCAGCAAAUGAUCUUUGAUUCUCAGCAAAUGGUCGAAGGCUUGUCUUUAUGUGACGAGUUCCUUGUGAGUCAGUCCCCUCACAGGGUUGAGGGAGGUGUUGGCAAGGAAAGAAAAAUAAAAUCUCGCCUUUCUGAUUAUGCUCCCUAUGGUGCUGAAGAUUUAAAGAAGGAUUUAGAAGAGUGCCAAAGUUUGGGCUCACCUGGUCCAAUAAAUAAUGAAGGAGAAAAAGAUGUUAGACCUUUUGAUUCUGGUUAUGCUCAAACAGAUAAUCAAGAGAAUAGACAGGAUUCAGAGCAGUCUCAAAAUCUUGGCAUAUUUGAUCCUUCAAAUCUUGACCUUGAAACACCUCCAGAUUUUCGAUUGAGCCAACUAGAGUUUGGGUCACAGGAUAUUUAUGCUUGGAAAGGCUUCUGAUUGAUUCAAGGAAUACUAGGGAGAAGCAUUUUUUUGGAGAUAAAAGCUGCCCUUUCGGUAAAGAUGCAACGCUGGACACCUUCCUUUUUUUGGAUCCCACUGGGAGAACCAAGGUUAAACAACCUCAGUUUUUUGGAACACACUCCAGGGGAGCAUGGAAGACUUCUCUACCGCAACAAAUCGACGGAGAUAGCAAGAUCCCGACUGUCUUUUUUAGGGAGAUCAUAGGGUUGAAAGCAGAUCUACUUAUCUUGCUUUAGGUUUUUUGUAGAUAUUCCCCGACUUCAGGUUUUCACAAUUUCAAUAUUUUUCUUUGUCAACACAAUAUAGUAACCUAGGUAGGUGCCUGAUAUUUCUUAAUGUUACAUAUUAAAGUUCUGACUAUGCCGAUGUA